AUGACCGGGCCCAUCGACCCCGAAACCAUCUACACUAAGCAGACAUGCAUUGGCGGAGGAAGUUUUGGCAGGGUUUACAAAGGAGUGGAUAAGAGAACGGGCGAGUCAGUGGCCAUCAAGAUAAUUGACGUUGAGAAUGCCGAGGACGAAGUGGACGACAUCAUCAAAGAGAUUGCGAUUCUGUCCGAGCUGAAGUCCCCAUAUGUCACCAAGUAUCAUGGCUCAUACCUGAAAGGCUCUCAUCUUUGGAUUAUUAUGGAAUUUUGUUCUGGUGGCAGUUGUCAUGGUUUGUUGCGCCCCGGUAUCAUUCACGAAGAGUACAUCGCGAUUAUUCUCCGUGAACUUCUUCGUGGCUUAGAUUAUCUACAUGGAGAUAAAAAGUUACACCGGGACAUCAAAGCGGCGAACAUUCUUCUCAGCGCGAGCGGACAAGUUAAAUUGGCAGACUUUGGUGUCUCCAGUCAACUUUCUGCAACAAUGACCAAGAAAAAUACUUUUGUGGGAACUCCCUUUUGGAUGGCCCCGGAAGUUAUCAAACAAUCAGGCUACGACUAUAAAGCAGACAUCUGGUCUCUGGGGAUUACAGCGAUCGAGCUGGCAUGUGGCGAUCCUCCUUAUGCCGAUAUCCACCCCAUGAAAGUGCUAUUUUUGAUUCCGAAAAAUCCUCCCCCCGUUCUGAAUGGCAACUUCAGUAAACCGUUCAAACAAUUUGUUGAGUUAUGCUUGCGCCGUGAUCCCAAAGAGCGACCAUCUGCCAAGGAGCUGCUGGAACACCCCUUUAUCAAAAGAGCGAAAAGAACAACAUACUUGACUGAGCUCAUUGAACGUGCGGAGCGCUGGCAAGCUACGCAUCGUGGUCAAGGAGAUGAAGACGAGGACUAUGAUGAGCCGUACGAGCAAAUUGAGGAGAAACCAGAAGAGCAUGAAGAUCUUUGGGACUUUGGUACCGUUCGACCGGCAGGGCGACCAGUCGCACCACCUCCACGAGCCUUGAACGACUCAUCAACAAAUUCUCGCCUCCAGGACACCGAAGACUGGGAUUUGGAAGGUGAUUCAAAACAGGCACCGGUACCUCAUCCCGCACCACUUCGCCAGACCUCAUCAAUCUCACUUCUUGAAGCUUCUCCGUCCAAAAAGCCACUCCCUCCAUCUGCACCAUCUUCGCCCUUAAAGACCACAACCUCACAGAUUUCCAAUUCCCCAUAUCCAUCACGUUCAACCAACCCGAACCCUUCGCUGGAAGAGAACUCCCCUGCACGACACAGUGACCGAUACACUCAGGCUGUAAUGGAUUACGCGAGUGGUUUGAAGAUCGAUGCAUCACCUCAAGCCCAACCGCGCAUGUCUGAUCCUAACAACGCAAGACGAGAGCAAUCCCCGCUCGCCCGGAAGCCGGGCUUUGCUCAACGUCCUCUCCCUGAGGUUACCUCAAGUUUAGCCCAGCCUCGAUCGGGUCCUGUUACCGCUCUCCAAAAGCAACCUGAGCCUUCAUCCCCAACUGCAAGAUCUUCUCCAGGACUCAAGUCUAAACUUGCACCUAAGUACGAUGCGCGCAGGCCAAAUACCCCCACCCCAAGCCCUCGCGUAAAUGAUCAACCCAAGCAACCCCCACAGAGUCCAGUCAAAGCUCCGAGUGAGGAGCGUGAAACUGCCUAUGGAUCUGUCAUUGCUCCAGCCCUUCGUGCGGCUAUGAACCGACGCGGUCGCAGCCUAGCUCGUGCCGAUCCAGCCAGAAACCCCAACAAUGGACAGCCUACACCCGAAGAAAAAGAACGAUGGGAGCGAAGUGUUCGAGUCCAUCAGAGCAUGGAGCACAUAGCGGAAGACAUUUCGCGAUGUUUUGCAAAUCUUCACCGCUGGGACAUGGAAGACCAAGUCCAAAUGGGUGGCGGUGUCGAUGCCGUACUUGACGUUUUCCUAGAGGAAGUUCUGGUACAGGUUCAGGGCGCCGGAUCUCGCUCUACCUAA